AGGGACAGCAGAGACAAUGACUUCAGGAGAAGGACAUUUUGAACUUUCAACUAGACUACUGCAUGGACCAGGACAUGAGGCUGGAGCAAUAGAGGGUGUACAAACACAAACUCCCAGCUCCUCUGAAAUCAGGAUUGUGCUGUUUGGGAAAAGUGGAACUGGGAAGAGUGCCUCAGGAAACACCAUCCUGGGAAGAGAAGAGUUUGAGUCGAGGGUCCGCUCCAGAUCAGAGACUAAGGGGUGUGUUAAGAGAACAGGAGAAGUUGCUGGGAGACGCGUUGUUGUGGUCGACACACUGGGCUUGUAUGAUACAAAGCUGUCUCAAAAGGAAGCUAUAUGUGAUGCUAAGCAAUGCAUCACCGAGUCUGCCCCGGGACCCCACGCUUUCCUCCUGGUGAUACAGGUGGGCCGAUUCACAGAGGAAGAGAAGAGAACAGUGGAGAUAAUCAAGGAGAGUUUUGGUGGGAAAGCUACAAAUUACAUAAUGGUCCUUUUUACCCGCGUGGACGAUCUGGAGGAAGGGGAGACGAUUGAUCAAUAUGUUAAAGAAGCUGAAGAUGAUCUCGAGCAGCUGAUAAUGGAAUGUGGGUACAGGUAUCAUGCCUUCAACAACAAAGAAAAGAAGGAUCACACUCAGGUCACAAAGCUCAUAGAGAAAAUAGAGGCCAUGAUGACAGCAAACAACAACACCUACUACACCACUGAGAUGUACAAGCAAGUAAAUGAAAAAAUAGAAAAAAGAGUAAUAGAGAUCAUGAAGAAGAAGAAAGAGGAAAUAGACCUGGAGAUAGAGAAGCUGAAGGGAAAGAACCAACGAGAGCUUCAAGUGAAAAUUAGGCAGAUAGAAGAGGAAAUCCAAGACGAAGAAGAGAGAGAAACGAGAAAGAAAGAAUUAACGUUAGAGUGUGAGGAAAGACAACAGAGAGAAUGCACAGAUAUAGUGACACGUUACAAGCAAGCAGCAAGAAAAGAAGCAGAAAACUCCAAUACUAUAGUGCAAUACACAAUGAGACUAGUGAAAUGGUUUCUUUCAUGGCAGCAGCAGGGAAAGGAGCAAACGCAUGAGCAGGGGCAGCAGCAGGGGAAGGAGCAGAAGCAUGAGCAGGGGCAGCAGCAGAGGCAGAGGCAAGAGCAGGGGAAGCAGCAGGGGAAUGAACAGAAGCAUGAGCAGGGGCAGCAGCAGGGGAAGGAGCAGGGGAAGCAGCAGGGGAAGGAGCAGGGGCAGCAGCAGGGGAAGGAGCAGAAGCAUGAGCAGGGGCAACAGCAGAGGCAGGAGCAGGGGAAGGAGCAGCAGCAGGGGAAGGAGCAGAAGCAUGAGCAAGGGCAGCAGCAGGGGAAGGAGCAGAAGCAUGAGCAGGGGCAGCAGCAGAGGCAGGAGCAGGGGAAGCAGCAGGGGAAGGAGCAGGGGCAGCAGCAGGGGAAGGAGCAGAAGCAUGAGCAGGGGCAGCAGCAGAGGCAGGAGCAGGGGAAGCAGCAGGGGAAGGAGCAGGGGCAGCAGCAGGGGAAGGAGCAGAAGCAUGAGCAGGGGCAGCAGCAGGGGCAGAGGCAGGAGCAGGGGCAGCAGCAGGGGAAGGAGCAGAAGCAUGAGCAGGGGCAGCAGCAGGGGAAUGAACAGAAGCAUGAGCAGGGGCAGCAGCAGGGGAAGGAGCAGAAGCAUGAGCAGGGGCAACAGCAGAGGCAUGAGCAGGGGCAGCAGCAGGGAAAGGAGCAAACGCAUGAGCAGGGGCAGCAGCAGGGGCAGGGGAAGCAGCAGGGGCAGCAGCAGGGGAAGGAGCAGAAGCAUGAGCAGGGGCAGCAGCAGGGGCAGAGGCAGGAGCAGGGGAAGCAGCAGGGGAAUGAACAGAAGCAUGAGCAGGGGCAGCAGCAGGGGAAGGAGCAGGGGCAGCAGCAGGGGAAGGAGCAGAAGCAUGAGCAGGGGCAGCAGGGGAAGGAGCAGGGGAAGCAGCAGGGGAAGGAGCAGGGGAAGGAGCAGAAGCAUGAGCAGGGGCAGCAGCAGGGGCAGAGGCAGGAGCAGGGGAAGCAGCAGGGGAAGGAGCAGGGGCAGCAGCAGGGGAAGGAGCAGAAGCAUGAGCAGGGGCAGCAGCAGGGGCAGAGGCAGGGGAAGGAGCAGAAGCAUGAGCAGGGGCAGCAGCAGGGGCAGAGGCAGGAGCAUGAGCAAGGGCAGCAGCAGGGGCAGAGGCAGGAGCAGGGGAAACAGCAGGGGAAGGAGCAGAACCAGAGACAGGAGCAGGGGAAGCAGCAGGAACAGGGGAAGGAGCAGGAGAAGCAGCAAUAAAGAAAAUUCAAUACUGUUAGGUCCAGUGGGGCAGUGGCAGACAGUCACAGCAGCAACAGCACACACCCAGCAUGCACUAUAUCAUGUACAAUGAAUGCUUCUGUAAUGUCUUAGAACUAUGAUUAUAAAUGUUUAGUUCUCUAUUGGGUAUUGUGAUUUCAGUAGUUAAAUCUCUGAUAGAAGAAUAUUGUUGUUCACGUGAUGUUAAAUCAAAAUAAAUUAUCUGUGAUUGA